UUAUUACUAUAUUAAAAUGAUUUGAGGAAAUACGCAUUUGAGAUGUUGAAAUUGACUUUGUUGACUGAAGUAUACACCCAACACUUCCAUGUCACUGUUAAAGUUCCUCCUGCAUUGUCACUUUAGUUCCUCUGGUUCCUUUAAAGAAACACAUGACAAGAUGUGAACCAUGCUUGAAGUGUGAGCAUGUAGUGGAGAAUGCACUUGACAAUGUUGACACAGCGGAGUUUUCAGGUGGGCACUCUCUUGUGGAGCGUGAUCGAGGGUACCCAUCUCCAGUAGUUAUGUGCUUACGUUGAUGUGUAGGGUCUGGGGUUCUCUAUGGCUGCUACAGAUGUCAGUUGAAGGUCUACAGAAUGGUGUCGCAAAGUGGCUUCAGUGCUCGUCACCACAGAGCAUCCUGUGUGCUCAUUUCUCAUCAAGAUAUUCUCAGUCGUUUUCGAAAGACGACCAUGUGGAAAUAUAUAUUUUCUUUUUAGAUAUUUCCUGCUGAUAGCUCACGGAUGGCGUACACUACAGCAGCUGUCUGGCAUUUAAAAAUGCUUUUUCAUGCACUUUUGCCACUAUUGUCUCAUAAUAUUAUGACUUAUUUUCACAAUAUUAAGAAUCAUAUUGUAUUAUAAAAAUCUUAUAUACUAGCAUUAGCGUACAUGCUUGAUUACAACUUUUAUUCUAAAAACAAAUGUCACUAUAUAACUUCAUUCUUAAAAAUCUGACUAUUUUCAUAAUUUUGGACUUUUUUUGUGAGUACAAGUUUAUCCUUUUCAUUCUAUAACUAUUGGCAGAAUAUUACGACUUUUAAAAAACUUAAUUACGACUUUAUUUGCAAAAUUCUGUGUCUAAGUCAAUAAUAUUAGGACUUUUUUCAUGAGUACAACUAUUUUAAUUCUGUGUACAAGAAUUUUGGUCGAAAACCGAAUCGUACGAAAACUGGGGUGUUCAAAAACCAAGGUUCCGAUGUAUAUUGUGUUUUUUAUUUUGCUAGCCUCCCUAACAAGUGACACCCACUGCAUACCGACUGUACAUAAUGCUACAUCCUACUUUCUAUUCCCUCCUGAUGAACAUGUACUCUCCUGCAUGUUAUAGCGUGUACCCUGACAAGGCUCAUAGGCUCAUAUUUGGACAGCACAGGAACCAGAGCCCAUUUAUUCAAUACGGUCAAAGUCUAAAGUGGGUGCGUACCUGCACCGGUGUUUACCUUCACCUCCUCCUAGGCUGCAGGAGAAACCCGUCUAUCGUCUUUCACAUGGCCUCCCCUCCCCCUCAUAGCACAUCCCACUGCCUGCCCCCACUUUUCCUCCUCUCGUCCAAUCAGGUAGUGUUCACCUGAGAAGAUUUGCAUGCACCUAGCGCUCGCUGAUUGGCCAGGUGAAGGCAGCUUGCCCGGGGGCUGUCUCUACCGAUGGCGACAAGGCUGGGUGACUCAUAGGGAGAGGACGGCUUUUGCUUCACCACACUUCUUCUCCUUUUUCUGCCUGUUCCACUCAAGCCUGUUUUUUUUUUUUGUUUUUUUUUUGCUGUUGUUGUCUCUCGCCUCGUCUUACAGUUUUGUUUUGUCGCAGUGAGAGGGUGCGCACCUUGGAUUAUUCCCUUUUUGCUUGUUUUGCCUCUUUUUGUCAUCGGUUAUCGACUUUACACCAUGGAUCCUGUCACCUGCAUCCUGUUUGCUUGAGGUGGAAAAGGUGGACUGAAGCGGGUGGCAAAAGUGAGGUGAAGGAGGAGGAGCGCGUUUGGGAGAAAUGCAGUAGAGAUGGAGGAAAAUUCGCAAGCUGACGAGGAAUGGAGACGAGUUGGGGUGUCUGUGAGCGUCGUGGUCAUGUAGCAGCAUGGUGUAGAUGCUCCUGGUGGAUUCAGAGACGGACCAGGCUGCUUCCAGCAGAAUCAGGCCGACCCUUUGAGUUUCGCGGCCUCGAAAGAGAAAAGAGUGGGUGAGACCGUGAGGCCUAUUUGGCGCUGUGAACGCAGCUUCGGGCCUCUGUAGGGGGCGCUGUUUGAACGGAGAAGGAGCCAGAAGGUGGCUGCUGGGAUACGUGGGCUGCUUACUCCACCGCCAUGACCACUGCAGUGCAGCCCAAUGAACUGAUGUUUGAAUUUGCUAGUAACGGGAUGGAUGAAAUCAACCAGCUGGAUGACCCAUCAGUGUUCCCCGCUGUCAUCGUGGAGCCGGUGCCCACCACCGAUCUGCUGCAGGUGUACUCGGGCCUGGAGUCGGAUGAGGUGACCAACGGCAUCAUGAUGGACAACACGCUCCAAGUGGUGGAGACGCCCUCCAUCUUGGUGGGAGGGGUGCACCUCUCAGAGACCGUUUCAGGCGCAGAAGACAGCAUGGAGACAAACGAGGCUGCGGCAGCUCUCCUCAACAUGGAGUCACCAAACAACAUACUGGAUGAGAAGCGCAUGCUUCACACCUACGGCGCUCUGUUGGAGUCGGACCUGAACUACCCCCCGCUGAGGCCCGACCACAUGGAGAACAGCGCCCUUGACAUGUCGCUGGACGAGGACACCUCAUCCAUGGACGACAUUCCACAAAAAUGUGCCUUGAAGCCACAGAAGAAAACCAAAGUGCGGAAGCCCCGGGUGGUGCGCUCAUGCUCCCCCAUCUCCACCCCUAACCUGCCACUCAGGAAGAAGAGCAAAGAGGGCAAAGGCAACACCAUAUACCUGUGGGAAUUCCUCCUGGCUUUACUGCAGGACAAGAACACCUGUCCUAAAUACAUCAAGUGGACACAGCGGGAGAAAGGCAUCUUCAAGCUGGUCGACUCCAAAGCCGUCUCCAAGCUUUGGGGAAAACAUAAGAACAAGCCUGAUAUGAACUACGAGACCAUGGGAAGAGCGCUCAGGUACUACUACCAGAGAGGCAUCCUGGCUAAAGUGGAGGGUCAGCGUCUGGUCUACCAGUUCAAGGAGAUGCCGGCUGACCUGGUGGUGAUCGAGGACGACGACACCGAUGGUCACGAGUACGGUAAUCAAAGGUCCACCAGCGGGAGGGCUGUCUCUCGCGGGGGCUCCAAAGGGCAUGGAAGAGCCCACGGUCACCACCAGGUGUCAGUGAAGCAGAUGAAGAAGGAGACCAGUGAUGACCAGGAUGUGGAGGCUGGACAGACGGCUGAGCAGCUCCUUCAGAUCCUCCAGGCCAACCAGGGGGCGGACGUGGCUCAGUCUAUGAGGGCCAUCAGUGCUUCUGCUUCACUUCCGGUGGUUUUGACUUCCCCCACAUCCCUUCAAACCAUGCCCCUCACCACCGUCCUCCCCAACGGCGACUCCACCCAUUCCUCCCCACCUCGAGUCCUCCUCCACUCCAUGCCCCCCAACGACGUUCUGACUCUGCAGGCGGCCAACACCCUUCAGGAGGGCCUUCCCCAUCAGCUGCUGGUUGCCAGCCUCGGCCCGUCCACCGUCUCCUCAUCUGCCGCCACUUGCACGUCCACCGCGUCGGGCCUGCCCCGCCUGGUCACCAUCAACACCACCUGUGGGCAGACCAUGGUGGCGCAGCAGCCCGGCACCGUCAUCGCCACCGUGCUUAAAUCUGGCGACUUUUGCGGGCUGCAGGUAAAGGAGGAGCUGCUGGACUCCAGCUACUUCCAGUCCAUGGUGAACGGCGAUCUGUGCCUGGCUAACACUUUGGCAAAGGAGGAGAUGGAUGAAGCGGAGCUGCAGUACCGGACUGUCAUCAUCGAUAGCAGCCACAAUCAAGAGGGCCAGGAGGCUGGGAGUGAAGCUACAUUCAAUGGACACUCUUCCCAGAGCAGCAGCCCUUGUGAGGGCCUCACCCCGGUGGAGGAGCUGGAGGUACGCGGGGAGAUGUCCCUGCAAGCCCUGAAAGGCCUGCAGGAGCUGCCUGCAAACUUUAUCCAGAUAAAGACAGAGCCUGCUGAGGUCUGACACACUUUUUCUUCACAAGCUGAACCAAAAAAACAUGUGGACCACCUUUGGACUUGAUGGUGGCCGUUUUUGUUUUUGAUCCAAGAUCAGUUGUCACGUUGCUCCUCAAGGUUGCACCGGUCAGCCUCGGGAUUGAAUCGUUUACUCGCAUAUUUUUAUGAUCAUGUGCCUAAAGAAAUAUAUCAAGGGAGUGUUGAAAUUUUUUUUUUUUUUUUUUUUUUUUACAAUGUUGCAUUUCAGAUAAAGACAAAAAAAUGGCUCCCUUAAGGAGAACAGCCAUGGAUGAAGCAGGGAUGCCUAUCUACCAAAUGUGCCAGUUAGUCUUUUUUUUUUUUUAAUGAAAAUCUCAGAGGACUUAAACGGUGAAUGGUAAAAAAAAAAAAAAAAAAAAAUCACCACAAACCAAAAAAGAGGGGACUGAAAUGGUGCAAGGAAAUGUGACUUGUGUGUGAGUGAAUGCUGCAUCAUCACGUGGACCACAACAGAACCGAGAGCACCCUGACGAAUGGCUUUUUUGGCUUUAUUUUCUAAUACGCAAAUGAGAAGCUAUGCAUGUCCUCUCUAGCAUAGGGCAUUGUCUCUAGUUGACCCAGGACAGUCCAAUAUCCAAAACUCUUCGAGUGGAAGUGCAGGCUGCACAAAUAGAAAGAAUUAUAGAUAUAAAAAAUAUAUCUCCUCUGCUGCAAAACGCUGUUUAUAUGAAACAGAAUAUGCACAGAUCUCUCUGUACAUACAAAUGAUAUAGCAUUGAGAUUCAAUUUUAAGGUCAAGGCAAAUUUAUUUAUUUUGUGAAUUUCUAAAUUCUGUAUAAAAAGGCACAUUUGUACUAUUUACAUGAGGGAAAAUACAAAGCAUAAAGUGUCUAUUAUGACCAGAAACUUUCUUUUUUCUGUAAGCCUUCCAUACAUACAAAUGCGGCUUUUCUUCCAUUUUUAUUUGCAAAAGUGCUCGUUGCAUAAUUUUCUCGUUGACAUGUAAUUGUCCUGCUGAGUUUAUUUCUUUUCAGGAAGCGUUCUGUUGCUUUUUUUUCAAACACAGCAAAGUCAAAUGACAUUGAAUUGGUUCACUGACUCGAGCCAGCGGACUCAGAUGAAUUGUUCAAUGACUUGAGUUUGCCGAUUCACUGCAAAAACACCACUGACUCAGACGAAUCUGCUAAAUGGAAUCACUGACUCAAGUUAGCGGACUCACUUAAAACACCGCAGACUCAUAUGAUUCUGCUAAAUUGAUUCACUGACUAGCGACUCAGACAAUUCUGCUAGAUUGAAUGACUGACUCAAGUUAGUGGACUCACUGAAAACACCGCAAACUCGGAUAACUCAUUCGAAUUGUUUACUGACUCGAACAAAGUGCAGGCGAUUCACUGGAAACACCACUGACUCAGAUAAAUCUGCUGAAGGAAAUCACUGACUCGAGUCAGCAGACUCACUGGAAACAUCGUGGACUCAGAUGAGCCAUUUGAAUUGGUUCACUUAUUUGAUUCAGCAGACGUGCCUUAAACACUGCAAACUGAGAUGAUUCAACUGAGUUGGUUCACUUGCUCGAGUUAGCGGACUCAAAUGACUCAUUUGAAUUGUUCACUGUCCAGAAAAAGCUGAUUCCCUGGCAACACCAUUCACUUGGGUGAUAACCGCUAAAUUGAAUCACUGACUCGAGUCAUUGGACUAACUGGAAACACCGCAGGCUGACAUUUGAACUGUUUGCUGAUUUGAGUUAACGGACUCACCAAAAAGACUGCAGACUCACAUGAUUUGGCUGAAUUGAUUUGCUGACUCGAGUUGGCGGACUCAGAUGACUCAUUUGACUUUGUUUCUCCACAUGUAGCCUUACAUACACACACAUUUAUAUAAAAAUGCAGAUUUUUUUAAUGUUUAGGUGCAACGUGCUCGUUUCAUUAUUUUCUCCUGUUUUCUUUCUUUCCGGCAAGCAUACUGUUGCUUUGUAGCUUCACCAUCAAGCAGUCCUUCAACAAUCAGCAUCAGAAGCAUCAGUAUGGGUGUCAAAUCGUGUUGUUUUUGGAACAAAAAUGCUGUUAUAUUCAAUGUAAAGUGCCCUCUUCGCUCCUGCUCUUGGGUCAGCCGUGUAGGAGUCUGUGUCUUGUUUAUCUGCUGAGGUCAAACAGUUGAUUGGAACCCCUUGGCAGCCACAUCGAUCCAUUGUGGUUCUAGUGUGGCUAAAGUGACCGAAUUUGCCCCUCAGGUGGAUGCUGUGAGGACAUGCAGACACGCUGAUCCGCAGAGCAGGAGUUCCAAGACAACUUGACAAGUCUUGAAUGUACACUUCAUGCUCAUAUACAAGCUUAUGCAAAGACUACGACAAUCAAUAAUAAUUACACUGGAGACUUUUUCUUACCUGUUUGUCUUUGCUGCUUUUUUUUUAUUAUUUUUUUGCUCUGUAUAUAUGUACAUCCCUGUGUGUAGACCGCCCUCGCCUUAAAGCACUGCCGUUUGUCA